GUUUACCCAUAUGGUGGAUUAACUUUGUCGCCGUUUUAACACUUACUGUGCUGCUUCAUCAAUUCAUACAACAUGGUUGCAACUGAAUUUCUUGGUUAUGUUCAAUCAUUUUCUGUAUGUAACUAUGUUGGAUUUGAGGAUUUAGCUGAUCGAGCAAAUUUUCAAUGGAAUGUUAUUAUCUUACUUUUGUGUAUGAUAUUGGUAACAUUAAGACAGUAUUUUAUGACUCCAUUGGUGUGUUAUUUGCCAACAACAGUCAGUGGAGUGAAUGCAGAUUCGUAUAUCACCAAUUUAUGCUGGAUUGAAGGCACAUUUCCUAUUAAUCUUACAUCUGGAAUUGUACCUCAUAAAUUACAAGACUGGGAGGCGCUUCGACCUCAACAAAUGAAUUACUAUCAAUGGGUACCAUUAGUACUUGGCUUACAGGCUAUCUUGUAUUAUUUACCACGCAUAAUUUGGAGUAUAUUUACAUACAAUCGCACUGGAACUGAUUUACAAAAUUUAAUACAUCAAGCCAACUUAAUUACAAAAGAAGAUGGUGAAAAAAGGCAAAAAAUGGUCCAACAUAUUUCUAAAACACUGGAAUUAUUAUUAUUUAGUCGUCGUGAAUACCGUAGUGGUGACAGUUUAGGUGCUUCAUUUCGACGUUCAAUGGCUUUUAUGCCUGGUAAACAUCAUGGGAACAACUUAGUCUAUGCAUAUUUGGCAGUCAAAGUUUUAUACUCCGUCGUUGGAUUUUGUCAGUUGUAUAUGAUGUACGUUUUCUUACGUUUUGAUUCACGUGAAGGCUAUUGGUUAUUUGGUCUGCGUGUUCUCUCUGAUAUUAUACAUGGAAAACAAUGGUCAGAGACACAAGUAUUCCCUCGAGUUGGAAUGUGUAGACAUACACUUCAACAUGUUGGCGCUAGUAAUAUACUAUUUGCUCAAUGUGUUCUACCAAUCAACAUGUUGAAUGAGAAAAUUUACAUAUUCUUAUUCUUCUUUCUUGGUUCAGUCAUGGUGUUGACUAUGCUAAGUAUACCACUUUGGUUGUAUCGUAUGGGACUGAAAAAGCGUCAGCGACACUUUGUACGAAGAUUUUUAAAAAUUGCCGAUGUUUAUGACCGUGAUGAUCCAAAAAUAUCUCUUCUUAUAGAUCGAUUUAUGGCUGAAUUUUUGAGACAAGAUGGACAUUUUAUCCUACGUAUGCUGUCUAUGAAUGCUGGAGAUUUAGUGACUGUAGAGAUUGUUUGUAAUUUGUUUGCAGAUUACAAGAAACGUUUUAUUGGGAUCGAUUUCCGUGGUCCACCUAUCAAACCUAAAUCGCAUAAAUACCAUGAUUAUGAUGGUUAUUUGUCACAUCAUCCACAUGAUAUUCCAAAUGAUCUAUCAAGAUCGAAUAAUAUCGAUAGAAGUCAUAGCGGAUUCAUGAGUUUACGAUUGGAAGAGGGAGGUAUGGCAAAUUUACGUCAGCGUCCAGUUCCAUCUGCCCCACUAGUAUCAGAAAAUAUUGUCCCACCAGCGUAUCAGUAUCCAGCGGGAAUGAAAGAUGGAGAGAUCUAUCCAAUAAGUGUGGUACGUAAUAUGCCACGUGAUGGUUCUGUUGAACCGAUCAAUAAUGUCACUAAUGCCAAUCAAUAUACUCCAAGAAAACUCGAUGACAAUAUGAUUGUCAAUGAGAAAGAACAGACGAAGAAAGUUCCUCAUUGUGUUCCGAGUGAAGUAUGAUGAUGGUUUUUGUCUUCAUUCAUUGACGAGAAGAAAGACACCAGUCGUGUAAAGUCAACCCCUCCCCCCUAUCCAUCUACGUUUCUUUUUCCUUUCUCUACAAUGUUCACAUUUAAAUCGUUAUGUUUAUAUGUGCAUGUAAUCUAGGCUUUUGUGUUGUAUUUUGUGUCUAAGACAAACAAAUUAUCGAUCUCUUUGUUCUCAAUAAUAGUUUCUUUUCUGUGUAUGGAUUUAUUUAUCUAACCAUGGAAUAAUGUUGGACUAUUCCAAGUGAAAUACUGGAUAGUACACAAUCUGUGUCAUAUGUCACCAUCGCUAGUAGUAUCACUACCAUUACUACUACCACUACUACUACUACUACUUAUGUAACCACCACUACUUGUACAAUUACUAUCGAUGUUAAUGAGUGAAUUGGCGUUUCCCUCUUCGUUAUAUAUUCAAGAAUAUGUCUCCAAUUACAGUGCAAAAUACUAAAACUGACCAACUUAUGAUGAUGAUACUAAUAAUAAUAAUAAUAAUAAUAAUAAUAAUAAUAAUAAUAAUAAUAAUAAUAUUAAU